AUGCCUCGCCUCACAGUGACCCCAGGGGUCGCUUUCCUCACCCGUAAUUUGGUGGUUCCAACAGCGUUCAACUAUGGUCUCGCGACGCUGGCCCUACGCGUCGCGUCGAACAAGAUAUCGGGAAUUCCUCGUGUACCAGGGUGGUUGCUCCUCGCGUUGUCGGUGUUGGUCAUUCCCACUCGUAUUGCUGCUGCCCUUGUAUACCAGCAAUGGAGGAACCAACGAGAGGCGGAGAAGAGGGGUGCACGCCUUGCACCGGUUCUGCAAGGCAAGAGAAUAGGAAAUAUGGACCAAUUGUCGUACUUGCUGAACUGCUGGAAGAAUGGCUAUGCUGCUGACGGAAUUCGAGAGAUUAUUGAGGACCUGGGGAACACAUUCAACCCCCGUAUCAUGUUCGCAGAUACGAUAUUCACAGUCGAACCCGAACACGUCAAGUUGAUCUUGAGUACUGAUUUCAAUAACUACGUGAAAGGUGAACGAUUCCAGUUCGCGAUGUCCGCAGUUCUAGGGACUGGUGUCUUCAACUCCGACGGUGACCUCUGGAAGCAAGUGACACAGUUUUCCUUAUUCCACCGCUCUAUGACACGGCCCUUCUUCUCUCGAGAACGUGUCACCGACCUCGACCGCUUCGACCGACACACACAAACUGCCCUCUCGCUUCUCUUGGCCAAGGCGAAAACAGGGUAUGCAGUAGACUUCCAGGAUGUCAUGCAGCGCUUGACCCUCGAUAUCUCGACUGAUAUCCUCUUUGGUGCCUGUGUUGACAAUCUCAAGAUUACCCCCGACGAUUUGGCUCUCCCGUAUAACCAUCCCCGGUACUCCUCCGCCUCCAGCGCGAAGGACACCUCCUUCACACAGGCAUUCUUGAAUGCGCAGUUCGUGAUUGCCGAAAGAGAACGAAAUGGAUGGGCGUGGCCGCUCCUGGAAAUCUUCGAGGACAAAGCUGCACCUCAUAUGGCGGUCGUCAACAGAUUUGUUGAACCCAUAAUCAACGAAGCCAUUCGGAAGAGGAAGGAGAAGGAGGCGUUGUAUGGUGACUCUGAGAAGGCAAACGGGCAAAAGGCUGACAUUGACGCGGACGAGACGUUACUCGAUCAUCUCGUCAGGUCGACAUCCGACCCGAGAAUUCUGAAGGACGAGACCUUGAACAUUCUUCUGGCAGGUCGAGAUACGGUUUCAGCGACUCUCACCUUCACUAUCUACCUUCUCUCUCUUCAUCCUCAUGUUCUCGAACGCGUCAGAGAAGAAGUCCUGAACCGAGUUGGUCCAUCAAGAGCCCCGACUUAUGACGAUGUGCGAGAGAUGAAGUUCUUGAGGGCCGUUAUCAAUGAGAGUCUGAGGUUGCUCCCACCGGUACCCAUGGAUGUCCGUGAAUGUGUCAAUGGUGCUAUCUGGCCGUCUCCCGACCCGACACAGAAACCUAUCUAUGUACCCCCUGGUGCUGCAACUCCCUACAGCGCGCUUCUCACACAAACACGCAAGGAUCUCUGGGGACCUGAUGCACUCGAAUUCGAUCCAGACCGGUUCAUCGAUGAGAGGGUUAAGAAAUACCUAGUUCCCAACCCAUUCAUUUUCAUACCGUUCAACGCGGGUCCAAGGAUAUGCUUAGGCCAACAAUUCGCAUACAACGUGACGUCCUUUGUGCUUGUUCGCCUAUUCCAGACGUUCUCUUCAUUCACUCUUGAUGAAGAGGCCUUCCCUCCCGAUUGUCGAGUACCAAAGGAGUGGGCUGAAGUCGGUAAAAAUAGCAGGAAGGCGAAGGAGAGGUUCAUGCCAAAGUUGGUGCUCACAAUGUCGAGCAAGGGUGGUAUGUGGUUGAAGAUGCAACCUGUGGACCACUGA